AUGGGUGGAUUGUCAUAUGCCGUAAAUUUUUACACAAAUGAAAAAAGACCAAGAAUUAUGUUUAAGAAUAACUCCAAAUAUAUUGUUUUCAAUGAUACUGAUGAUGAGGAUAGAGCAUCUUUUAAUUUUGACAGUAGAGUCACUUAUUUACCAAUUUAUAGUUUCCAAGAAGAUUAUUUAAAACCUCAGUCUGAAGUCAACAAUAAUGGUAUUGAAACUAAUGCUGCUACUAGUCAAACUGUUGUUGAUAAUGCAAAGACGGGUAGAACUGUCUCUAAUUCUUCAUUAUUUACCUCAAGCUCCUCAUGUAGUAGUUUGAGCACAAAUAAAUCAUCGUCCUUCUCUAUUUUUGAUUAUCAAAGUAAUAACAGCUCUUCUUCAGCUGUUAUAGAAGAGGAAGACGAGGAAAGUUGUUCAAAAAAUAAUAGCUCUAAUUAUAUUGUGAGUAAGAAAAAAAUGUCAUCUAAUCCAUCACUCUAUAAUAAUAAUAAUAAUAAAAUGAAUAUGCUGUGCUUUUCAUCCAUUUUAAAUAAUGAUAAUAAUAAUAAUAAUAAUAAUAAUAAUAAUAAUAAUAAUAAUUUGACCCCAAAUAACAAUUCAUCUCAUAUUAGUUCUAAUAGAAAUACUAAUAAUGCUACUAGAAAUGCUAUUGACAUAAAGAAUAGUAGAUAUUUUAAAGAGCUUAUGGUCCUUAGUAGCAAUAAGUAUACUUCUAACAUGUAUGAUUACGAGAAAAAUAUAAAUGAGGAAGCAAAACCCUUGGUGUCCCUAUAUGCUGAUUAUGAAGGAGAAAAAGAGGAGGAUAGAGAUGAUGAAUCCAUUGAAAAUGAUUACUCUGAUCAAGAUGAAGAAUAUGAAGAAAAUGUAUAUUCAGGAGAUAAAGGGAGUCAUCGUAAUUUAGACAAUCUCCACUUGAAAAAAGUCUACUGUUGCAGCAAUUGUUUCAUGCAAAUAACUACACCAUACCAUAUUUUAAGCGAAGAUUACAGGGGGAAAACUGGGAAAGCUUAUCUAUUGGAAAGAAUGGUUAAUGUUAAAUUAGGACCAGAAGAAACUACAGAAAUGAUUACAGGAAGCUACUUGUGUUGUGAUGUUUAUUGCAAUGGUUGUGGUAAUUACAUUGGUUGGAAGUAUUUGAAGAGUUUUGAUGUAGAAAUGAAUUAUAAAAAUGGGCUAUACAUUGUGGAAUUAAAACAAGUUUUACAAAUAUAUGUUUAA